UCCCACCCCUACAACUCCAAUAUAUGAGACCGCCCUCCGCUUUCUUCUCCGGCCCAUCCGCCUCUCUCAGACUCGGCGCCCCUGUUCCCGGAGGCGCGCCGCCCCACGGACAUUACUUCGUCCCGAUUAUAAAUAUCUCGAGGGGCUUCUCCGCACUCCUGCACCCUUGUUCGCUUCCUCCGCCGCCUCCGGAGAUGAUGCCGUACGAGACGAUCGCCGCCGCGGAGGCGGCGCUGGGUCGCAACCUGACCGCCGCGGAGACCAUCUGGUUCCACUACUCCGCCAAGAUGCCCGACAGCCUCCUCUACUUCCACAACUACAUUUUUCUCUUCAUCGUCUUCACUCUCGUACCCCUUCCCCUCGCCGUCCUGGAGCUCCGCCUCCCCUCCGCCCUCGUCCCCUACAAGCUCCAGCCCAUGGUCCAACUCCCCCCGGCCUCCUUCUUCAGGUGCUACAAGGACGUCUUGCGCAGCUUUCUCCUCGUCGUCGGGCCCCUCCAGCUCUUCUCCUACCCCAUCAUCAAGGUCUCACUUCACUACACCCCUACGCCCGCACAACCCCCACCCCACCUUCAAGGGCUUUCUAGGUUUGUGGGGAUACGGACGGGGCUGCCGCUGCCCUCGGCGGCGGAGAUGGCGGCGCAGUUGGCGGUGUACUUCCUGGUGGAGGACUACGGGAACUACUGGAUCCACCGGCUGCUGCACGGGCCGUGGGGGUACGAGAAGAUCCACCGAGUCCACCACGAGUUCACGGCGCCGAUCGGAUUCGCCGCGCCCUAUGCCCACUGGGCCGAGGUCCUUAUCCUCGGGAUCCCAUCCUUCGUCGGUCCCGCCAUCGCCCCGUGCCACAUGAUCACCUUCUGGCUCUGGAUCAUUCUCCGCCAGGUUGAGGCCAUCGAGACCCACAGCGGCUAUGAGUUCCCUCUAAAUCCCACAAAAUACAUCCCGUUUUAUGGAGGGGCAGAGUACCAUGAUUAUCAUCAUUAUGUAGGAAGCCGGAGCCAGAGUAACUUUGCUUCUGUCUUUACCUACUGUGACUACAUAUAUGGAACUGACAAGGGUUACAGAUAUUACAAGGCCACCUUGCAAAGGUAGUUCUACUUCUACCUCUCCUUGCGAGUAUCUCUACAUAUUAUGUGUCUUCAUUCUACAAG